AGGGGAAGCAUGUGUGGUGGGUUUGGCAGCUCCCCUGACGCCCGGUCACGGGCGAUCCAGUCUCCAGCCCGGGACGACACUCGCACCUCAAACCCCACGCCCACAGCUCCACUCUCCGGCGGUCGGACCGCCGGCGGCCGCCGCGCGUCCCUCGUCCCGCUCCCGUCAUGUACAGCUCCUACUCCGCCGCCGCCUUCGCCCUUAGGGCCGCGAAGCCAGCCUAUAGCUCCCAUUCCCCUUAUGCCCCGUCGCACCACUGCAGCCAACAGCACUACGACGGUGACGGUGCUCACCGUGAGCUACUCCCGCUCAACCCUCACCUCUCUCCCCGCUUCCUGCUCGACGGGUACCUCCUCCGCCACUCUGCUCACCUCCUCCUCCUCUCCGCUCGGCUCCAGCCCCCGCCCCCGCCUCCGCCUCAUCCGCCGCACAGCUGCUGCCACCGGCGUGCGGCCGUCCGCUGCUGCUGCAGCGGCGGCGGCGGCGGCGGAAGGUCAUAUGUUCAGCAUGUUACUUGGGGAUUGGAGGGGCGCGGGUACCGAUGCUGCGGGCAGGGCGCUGGACGGUCGGAUCUUGGAGUGGGUUGCCGGCGAUUGAAGGCGCGGGGAUGCGGUUGUGGCAGCUACGGCAGCGGCAGGUUAGGUCUUGGCACUAGCUGUGGACAUGGGGAUACGCCGAGGUUGCUCGGGAGGGCGGUGCGGCAGGAGGUGUGGGAGUAUGAGGGUGGCCAGUGGCCGCACAGAAGUUGUUCGAUGGAAUGCCACAGCGAUUGGGAUGGUGAAGAGGAUGAGGAUCAAUGUGGUCACGCUCAGUGGGAGCGGCCAGGUAAGUCGAGUUUUAGAAGGAAGUGGAAAGAAGAAGAAGAAGAUGAAGAUGAUAGAUGUAGAGAUUGCCGUCGGAGGAAGGGUGUGGAAAAUGAGUACUAUGAUGAAGGCGGGUACAGUGGCCGACGGAGGGAAAUUCGGGAUGUGAAUGGGAUGCAUGACAGGCAUCGGUAUCAUCGGAGGAGGUUGGAGCAGAGGGGUUACAUCGACGAUGAGGAUACAAGGCGAAGAAGCGAUCUGAUGAAAGGGAGCGACAGGAGUGAGUUUGAAUCUGAUGAGGCAAGGAAUGCUGGUGCUAGAAGAUACAGUGAAAAUGACAGGAAAUAUGAUCGGAGAAGAGAAAGAAGGGAUUCUGAAUAUGAGGAUGUGUAUGAUGCUAGAAGAUUGGGAGCUGGCAGGUAUAAUGAGGAUGACCGAAGAUUUGAUCGGAGAACAGGGAGGAUGGAUUUUGAAAUCGACAGUGAGGAUGAUGUGAGAAGAGAUGGCGUUAGAAAUGAUGAUGAAAGAUUUGUUAUUCAGAACACAAGGAGAAAGAAGUAUAUGGAGGAGGAUGAUCAAGAUAUUGCUGAGCGUAAGAACUACUCACAUGGUAGGUCCCAGAGGUCUGCAUCUGCAUUUCAUGAGGAUGAUUCACAGAGAGCUUCGAGUUCAAGGAACACUGUUGAUACAAGAGUUUCAAGGGGGAAUUCAUCCUCGAGGGUGCGGUGGGAUGAUAAUGUAGACCGACGAGCUUCACAGACAUUGGAAGAGAGAGGCCGACGCUAUUCUUCCUCAGUUGGUUUGUCAAAUGAUGAGAAAGAUGAGUACAGUUAUGAUGAUGGACAACUUGUCAGGGUAAGAGAUCAUAGGACAGGAACACAAGAUGUCAAGGUUAUAACCGAGGAUGAUACGAGGUUGAUUUCCAGUUCAAAGAACUCUUCCAUUUUGAAGCACAAUAGCGAUGUGGACCAGCAAGUAGCGGCACAAAAGGAUGAAUCAAAGAGCUCACAGAGGAUAGUGGAGACAUCAGUAAACAGAGGUAACAACGCUGAACUGGAUUCAGAAACACGGAUUAAUCAACUGGAAGAUAGAAGAAACUACAUUGAUAAUAAGUCAUCUUCUCUUCAAAGUUCUGUAAAGAUGGCUAGUGACAGUAGAAGACAAAUUGAUCAGCAUGAUGUGGUGGAUCAGCAGGUUGUCGCACUCACUGAUUCAAGGACAAACACAGAAAAGCUCACAGAUAUAAAGAUGGAUAGUAGUCAACAUGUUAGCAGGGCCUCUCACUCACAGAGAAAUUAUGAGGAAGUCAACCAGAUGGAUAUCGAUGAUAGAUCUACCUCUGUAGAAAAUACAACUCAUAUUACAAGAGACAAAAGGAGGUAUGUAAACCAGCAGGUGAUACAUGAAACGGACAUAGAUGUGCAGAAUGUUACACAUGUUGAUGUUUCCACAAUUCAUGCUAGUGAUAUUUCUGCCUCUAGGAGCUCACAAAAUCAUUCUGAUACUAGAUCAGAUGUAAACUCUAUCUCUAGCAUAAGUCUCAUUGACCGAGCAAGGGGCGAGCAAGAACAAAUCCAUCAAAACAAGGUCAUUGCUGGAGAUAAUACAAUAGUCAGGGGUUCACAGAGUCAUCAUGACACUGGAGUGUAUUGUCAAGUUCACUCGGCUUCAGUUAUUGACAGCACAAAAGAGAUGCAAGAACAAGCGGAACUUACUAAGGCCCGUAUUAACAAUGUUGCUACAACAAGUACUUCAGAAAGCCAUAUCCAAACAAGAAUAUAUGAUCGAUUUCAGCCAUCCUCAUCUGUAAACACUGUUAGUAGUGUGAAGGAACAAAUUGAUCUUACUAAGAUCCAUGCUAGUGACACUGCGGUUGUUAGCAAUACGCAUAAUCGAAGCAACAAUGAAGCUCGUAGGACUUCAGCCCUCAAUAUUGUGGAGGCAAGGGAUAGCCGUGAUGAGAGUGAUCUGCAAAUUACACAAGGUUCUGGUAUAGACAGAAGCAAUCAAGUUGGGACCACAUUUUCCGAAUCCUCUCAGGAUUCUAGAGAAAGACUGACAAGAGUAGAAGAAACCGGGAGAUUAGUGCAGCAUGACACAGUUUUGAACUCGCAGCAUACAGGCACCAGCAGAAUCUCUGAUGACAAAGAUAUUACUAGUUUGGGGAUCGAGAGCACCGAAGAGGCAUCUAUCACUAAUGUAGAUAUGGAGCAAAGAGGAACAAUACUGGGAAGGUCUGAAACUACCGCAAGAGAAAAUAUACAAGGUGGUUCAUCUACCAGAAAGUCUGUCAACGAAAGCGUGUUAGAAUCAGCUGCUCGAUUAGAGAAAUCGUCUACAUUUCAUGUAGGCCAAUUCGUUAGUGAGCUCCAAAGAGGAGUCUCAGAUGCAGAUACUACUUCAACAAAGAAAACCGAGAAGUCCAUACUGGAAGGUACAACGAGAUCUUCAUCCAGGUCCAGAAUGAAGGGACCAUCAGAUGAGGUUUGGGAUGUUCAAAGUACUACUUCUCAAGAGACCUGUAAGACGGCAGAUAAGGAGGAAGGGUUCUCAGCUGAUGGAGGUACCAAUUCAGCCUCUCAGACACCCAAAAGUGAAACUGCUAUUGCUAAAAAGGUUCACAAGUCACUUUGGGCCUAUGUUGCAGACAUAGUCCGUCUUGGUUGGGUUAAGCAUGGUGAAUCUCAUGACUCUACCAGCAAAUCAUUUAGGAAAAGUUCAUCCAGUAAUUCUCAGAGGUCGGAGGGUUGGCUGUCAAGUCAGGGGCAUGAUAAUGACGGCAUUCAAAAGAGAAAUUGGAGUAGCAAACAAAAUGAUCAUUCAUUGAUUAAGUCACACAGUGGAGAAUCAGAAUCUAUAGUAGCAUCAACGCUAAAGGAUGAAAGCUUGCCUACAGGUACACAAGGCUUGCAAAUAUCAGGAGCCGGCAAUGUACCUGAAGUAGGUGGAUCCAAAAGAGACUCCGUACCCAAAAUAACCAAGGAUGAUGUGCAGAUUUCAGGGGAGAGAGCAAAACAGUCUGAAGUGGGUGCAUCACCCAAAGGAAAUACCAUCGGAAGCUCAGCUGAGGAUAGCAUAUCAACUUUGGUAGAUGUCACAGUGGGACAUUCACCUGAACAUGAAGCUGCUAGUUCAUCCGGAAUCUCAACUCAGGGUUCCACUGAAAUUAAUGCUGGAAAAGGAGUCUCAGCCGGCACCUCUUCUACGACCAUCAAAGAUAAGGAAGCUGGUCGCAGUGACGAUGCAGGUAGCUGGAGAUAUGGACCUUCAGUUGCUAUAACACCUUACCAGUUUCCUCAGACCCAGGCAAUGGUACCACAUGAAAAUACCUCAUCUGCUUUCUCAGAAUUAACAGAAUUACCUAGUGGUGGUUCCACUGGGAUGAAAGAGAAGAUUGUUGGGCAUAAGGCCCCUGAAGUUUUAAGAACAGAAGAUAAAGAUGCUGAGCUGAAGAGGAGAAAGAUUCAGAGAAAUAAGCAGGUAUUGAAGGAAACGUUUGAUGAAUGGGAGGAAGCAUACCAGCAUGAUGCUAAACAGAGAAAGACUGAUGAACUAUUCAUGAAGGAGGCUUUACUUGAAGCUCAGAGGGCUGCAGAUAUAUGGGAAGUGCCAGUUGGAGCUGUGCUAGUACAUAAUGGUGAAAUUAUUGCUCGUGGUUGCAAUCUAGUUGAAGAUCUCAGGGAUUCAACUGCACAUGCUGAAAUUGUUUGUAUAAGAGAAGCUUCUAGCAAACUUAAGACGUGGCGCCUGGCGGAUACAACACUUUAUGUGACACUGGAACCUUGUGCAAUGUGUGCUGGUGCUAUUCUUCAAGCAAGAGUUGACACUGUAGUAUGGGGAGCCCCGAACAAGCUUCUUGGAGCCGAUGGAAGCUGGGUUAGGCUUUUCCCUGGAGAUGGGCAAACAAGCACAUUGGAUCCAUCGAACCAGAAGCAAACUGCCGGGCCUGUGCACCCAUUCCAUCCAAAGAUAAUCGUAAGGCGUGGUGUCCUCUCCACUGAGUGCUCAGAGAUAAUGCAGCAGUUCUUCCAGCUGAGGAGGAAGAAGAAGAGGGCAGACUCGCCACCUCGUGCGCACUACUCGGGGCAUCGCCACCAUCCGAUCAAGUUUUUCACCAAGAUGCAACACAUGUUCGGCACCGUUUUCUGUUUAUAGUAGCACUUCUUCUUUUCUUGUCCCAAUUGUAUGUAGUUGUAGACUCAGCAGCUUUCGCAUUCAACCUUUCAGGGCUUCUAUGCAACGUCAUCCUUAUUUCCUUCUUUGGAUGUCAAACUAAUGUGUCAUUUUGUGUAUCGGUUGUGUUUUUUCUUUGUUAUGCAAAGGCUAUUUAGAUGUAAUAAUAUUGACAAUAAGUUCCCUGGAAGGUUAUGUCUACAGAGCCUGCAAAUAAUUUCCUUUUCUGGA